ACUAUGCAAUUCCAGGAAUAGUGUAGGGGUGUGGCUGCACGAGCGCGUGACCAAAUUGGUGAAUCUUUUCCCCUUUUCUGGCUGCACCAACUCUACUUGUCGGAUCUUGCCCGUAUGGUAUGGAGGUCGCCGGAGCCGCGUCCCCGAGGUCGCCGGAAUCCCACGUGGCGCUGCCCCGUCCGCCUCCACAGCCACCGGAGAAGGAUUCAUGCAAAGAUACAGGAGACAUGGUGAUCACGGAGGAAAAGCCAUGCACAGAUCAGGAGUUAGAACUUGGUCAAACGAAUAGUUCUAGUGAGUGUGAGAAUCCGAUCCCCAGCAAUGAUGAGAUGAUUCGAUCAGAGUCCAAAUUGGAAACAGCUAAAACUGAUGGCGAUGGAUUGAGCGGGGAGAGGGUUCUGAAGAAGCCAGACAAGAUCCUGCCGUGUCCUCGUUGCAACAGCAUGGAUACAAAGUUUUGUUACUACAACAACUACAACAUUAAGCAGCCAAGACAUUUUUGCAAGAGUUGUCAGAGAUACUGGACUGCAGGUGGAAGCAUGAGGAACAUCCCGGUCGGUGCUGGUAGACGCAAGAGUAAGAGCUCCAGUACGAAUUGCCGCAGCAUAUUGAUUCCAGGCAGCAGUUUAGCCACUCCUGUUGCAGAUGCUUCCCUCUUUCCAUUAUCUAUCAAAGGAAGCCAAACAGCAGUUAGUUUGAGGCCUGAUUCCCCUCUCUGCCACUCCACGGUGUCUGUGCUGAAGAUUGGAGAGCAGAGUAAGAAUGCCAACCCUGCCUCAACAGCGCAACCCAGAAAUGGAGAAAACCAGACCUGUGUGCCUUCGACUACAACAUCAGAUAGUCCUCGGAGUGAACCACUUAAAGGAACAGUUAGCGGACAUCAAAAUGGAAUUAUUGGGCAUUGUAAUGGAGUCACCAUGCAUCCCAUACCAUGCCUCCCUGGUCCUCCUUUUGUGUACCCAUGGAAUUCAGCAUGGAAUGGCCUUCCUGCCAUGGCAGCACCGGUGUGCCCAGCCCCAGCUGAAGCAGCAAAUUCUUUAGAAAAUGGCAACACAAGUAAUGUUCAAUGGAAUAUGCCAACAAUGGUGCCAUUAAUGCCACCAGGCUUCUGUGGUCCGCCGAUUCCGUUUCCAGUAAUGCCACCUGCUGUUUGGCCAUUCAUUACUCCUUGGCCUAACGGAGCAUGGAGUGCGCCAUGGCUUGGACCUAGCUCUUGUGUGUCUGCAGCAUCUCCCAGAAGCAAUAGCGCAUGUUCAGAUAGUGGCUCUCCUGUCCUGGGAAAACACUCGAGGGAUUCCAAACCUCAAGGUGAUGAGAAGGUAGAAAGAUGCCUGUGGAUUCCAAAAACACUUCGGAUCGAUGAUCCCGAUGAAGCUGCAAAGAGUUCAAUCUGGACCACCCUUGGGAUUGAACCUGGUGAGCGAGGCAUGUUUAGACCAUUUCAGUCCAAACCUGAAAGUAGAGAGCAGAUAUACGGUGCUGCUCGAGUCUUGCAAGCAAAUCCAGCGGCAAUGUCGCGCUCGCAAUCUUUUCAGGAGACUGCAUGAUAAUAUUGUACUUGUCUGAUAUUUCUCAAAGAAGUUAAAUUAAGAAAAUGCUAUAGUCUGAACAAUAAUUGGCAAUGUAAGUGCUGCUAAUGUCCAAGGCAGCACACCUGUACUAUUGGAAGAGUAUUCUCACAUUUUCUGUGAUUUGCUUGUAGAGCAUGCACCAACCUAUUGGGUUCAUGAUCAGGUUUCCAGCAUGUGUUUGGUUGUACAAGAAUAAUUGUUAAUAGCUUCCUUAAAGAAUUGUAUUCUGCUGACCCUUCAGCAGUGCUGUUAAGAGGC